AUGAUGAAGGUAUUUUCUUUGUUAAUAUUUACUGCGUGCAUUUUUGCUAUUCAAUGUGUGGUCACUCAAACUCCUAGUGGUGAUAUUCUUGGUUCUACAUCUGAUGGAGUCGAUAUUUACUUAGGCAUUCGUUAUGGAGAGUUUUCGGAGCGUUGGACACCAGCUAAACUACCUUCGUCGUGGACAGGAACCCAAACUGCAACAGCGUUUGGUCCGAUCUGCCACCAGUUUGGUCCCUACAAUCAACCAUUUAUGUUUACAGAAAGUGAACAUUGCCUCUUUUUAAAUUUGUGGGUACCGAUUACAAGAAAUUCAUCACUAUUACCAGUACGUUUAUGGCUACAUGGUGGUGGUUACACUGCUGGUAGUAGUAAUGAUUAUGACCCUCGAAAUCUUGCUCGUCUUUCUCAAUCAAUUAUCGUCACAAUUAACUAUCGUCUUGGUAUAUUCGGUUUUUUUCCACUAGCAGCUGUUGAAACAAGAAAUAUUGGCUGGCUCGACCAACAAUUAGCUUUGCAGUGGGUUCAAGAGAAUAUUGCAUCGUUCGACGGUGAUAAAACGAACGUUAUGCUAUUCGGUCAAUCAGCCGGUGGUGGUUCUACUAUUGCACAUUUAUUGAUACAAUCCAGUUGGUCACUCUAUUCGUCUGCUAUUUUGCAAUCAAGUGGUCCUUUUCGCUAUGACACUUGUCAAGUAAGGGAACAGAUAAAUUUGAAAUUACUUGAGACAUCUUUUCCAGAAUGUCAAUCAAAUAUUAAUUGUUUUCGUCAACUGAACGCAUCACUGUUCUAUGAAAAGCUUACAGUCAACUGGGUAACAUUGUGGCCUUGUAUUGGUGAACGUUCUCAACUCAAUGAACAACCGUUAGCAUUGAUUCGAAAAGGUGAUUUCAAUAAGAAAGCAUCGAUCAUAGGUGGCAUGAACACAAACGAAGGUCAGACUAGUGUAUUGACGUUCAACCAAUUUAAUAUGGCUAUCAAUUCAUCUCAGUACUAUCCUUGGGCUACACAGUACAGAAUACCUGAUAAUCUGGCAGAAUUGUAUGAUCCUACAACAACUGAUAAAGAUUAUUUUACUGCUCUAACUUGGCUAUUCGGCGACUAUUACAUUCAUUGUCCUACUUUUUUUCUUUUUGAUUAUCUUGCUGCUUGGUCAUCAUCAAUUUACGCCUAUUUUUUUGUGCAUGCUACCGAAACCUGGGCGUUCACAACGUUUCAUUUCAAUGCUUCUCAUCUUACUGAAAUACCAUAUGUAUUUAACAAUGAUUUUGCUGCUACUCGAUUUACACCAGCCGAAGCUAAUCUAUCUUUGAAACUCGUUCGUUAUUUUACAGCGUUUCAUUUGAAAGAGCAACCUUGGUUAUCAUAUAAAAUUGGUCAAACUGUACUUGUAUUCAAUAUAAGUAAUAAUAAUACAAUGGAAACUCAGACUGGCUUCGGUAAAAGAUUAAUUGAACGAUGUCCUAUCAUGUUGAAAUAUGUUGACAGUGAUAAUUGUCAUGCUUAUUUAACUGAACAAGAAUGUUCCAAUUUUGAACACUGCCGUUGGUCAGGUCAUCAAUGUGAUUUUUCUUCGACUUCGUCAGCUUCGUUUCAAAUUCAGAAUUCUUUUCUAUUUUUUAUUAUAAUUUGUACCUUGCGUUUCAUAAUAAUUUAUUAA